GAAUAGUAACGAGAGAUGAAUAGUGCAACCAGCAACACUAUUCAUCUCAUUUCGUGGACAAAAAUAAGGGAGUGUUACAGCUAAAUUAUCCCAAAAAUUACCGUAUUUACGAGGAUGGGUCAAGUUUGGAGAUGGCCUAAAGCAAGAGUUACGGUUUCUAUUUCCGAAAAUUUUAGUCGAGCAGAUCAGCCAUGGCGGAAACUGAACCUCAAGCCUCCGAAACUGUAGCACAGAACGAGAAAGAAAAAACCUCCGCACAUAAAAUGGACGUAGAAGCUCAAGCCGCCGAUGAUGCGGCGGAGAACGGUGGCUCGAAGAGUCUAAGGGAUGAGGGAGACGAACUAGGGUUAAUGGAGACUCCACGAAGAAGCCGAAAGUCGACAACUCCGUGGAAGAAAAAAAGAAAGAUGGGUCGGAUCCGGUUAGCGUGGGUCCGAAGAGUUUCGGGUCGUCUGUGGAGAUGUUUGAUUACUUCUACAAACUCCUUCGUUCCUGGACUCUCAAUCUCAAUCUCAACAAGAAUGACCACUCCAUCUUCUUGUUCCCCGGAGCUUGCCUUCUGGACUUCAAAUUUGGAAAUUACUGUUUUCUUGCCUGUUGAACUACUUAGCCUUUUGUGGCGGUCAAAUUAGUAUCCUUGUGGGGUUGGUACUUUCACCUCGAUCUAAUUAUUGAGAGCAAAAAAUGGCCAAAUCCUUGCUUAAAUGUAUGUAUUAGUCAUAACAUUAGAGAGGCGUUAUGAGUUAUUACUGCACAAGAAAGUCGAUUUCGCAAGGAUUGUCUGUUUAAACUAUGAUUCUGCUUUCGUGGAUUCCCAUUUUGGAACUAGAUCUUAGUAUUGGAGAUAUUUGGAAUGUUUACAUUUGUUACUUAUAUCUGAGCGCUUGAUAUGAUGAUCCUGGGUCACUUACCUUUUGUUGGUUGGUGUCGCAAUAUGAGCACAUGCUGCUACUUGGCUUACUUAAGAAGGGCCAUUCAGAACCAGAGAAGAAGAUUGGUACAGGAGUUCGCGCUUUCCAAAUCCGAUUUCAUCCACAGUUCAAAAGUCGCUGCUUCUUUGUUGUUAGGUAGGAUGAUUCUAUGGAUGAUUUUAGCUUUAGAAAGUGUGUAGAUCAGAUACAACCCCUUCCAACAAACAUGCAAGUAAAACAUUAUGCUAACGGUGGAAAAGGUGGCGGUGGUGAUGGUGGUGGAAGAAGAGGAGAUGGAUAUGGGCGUGGUCGUAGAAGAGGAAGGAGGCCAAGAUACUAAACAAGCUGACAAUAGACUGCCAGAUUCUUCUGAUCUGUCUUGUUACGUACUAUUUAAAAUCCAAAAUUUGGUCUGUUACAUCUA